AUGUUCACCGAUGUCUCUAGCGGCUUCUUGGAAGCUGCUCGGAAACGCUUUGCACAGAGAACAUCAAUUGAAUAUGCAGUGCUUGAUAUUACGCGAGACCCUUUGAGUGAGGAAAUUGAGCCCGAAAGGCACGACCUUAUUGUUGCAGCAAAUCAGGGCUUCUUACCUGGAUGGUGGGUUGGAGAGAAUGAUGAACGUGUCGAGAAGCCAUACGUAAAUGUUGAUCGAUGGCGGAAGGAGCUACUGGGCAUAGGACUCUCUGGCGUGGACUUCACCACGCAUCAGUUUAACGAGUCUAUUGUCAACAUGGUGUCUACUCGGCCUAUCCCUCCAGCUGCACCGGAUAAGAUUACGCUGCUUGUUUCGGAGCAUGAGAGUGGAGCUGCUACGGAGGUGUCGAGACAGUUCCGCUCUCAUGGGAACAUUGUCGAGCUAUGGGGAUUGUAUAACCCGUCACCUAAUUCUCGGUUUAUGAUCGUCCUCUUAGAUGUGGUCUCUCCUCUACUCUAUAACUUGGAUGAAGAAGGCUUCCAGCAGCUCAAGGACUUUAUACUAGGACUCAGCAACCACCAUGUAUUUGGGUCACCAGGAGCACUCAAGUCAGCUGUCAAUAUCCUCGCUACGGACCGACACAUGGUUUUCUACGUUCAAUCUACCGGCAGAGGUAAGGAGUAUGCCUUGGUCAAGGGUGUUAUACAUACAGUCAGACUUCAGUCCGUUCCGGCUACACAGGAACUCACCAAGCCGAUCGACAACAAGCUCCCGAAGAAGCUCUCUCUAGAAUUUAUUGGUCUGUUAGAUACAUUGGUCUGGAGAGAGCAUAGACACAGUCUUCUUGGAGAUGAUGAGGUUGAAAUCAACGUCCGAUGUGUGGGUCUGAACUUUACGGAUAUUGCUAUCUCAUAUGGCCUCUUCGGGUAUACUGAGGACCUGGGCUACGAGGGCAGUGGGGUUGUUUACGCUACUGUGGGCAGGGAAGAGAAGGUGCAGUAUCUUGUUAAUGAGUGCCAUAUUCCUCGCUCCCGUAUAUUCUACUCUCGAGAUACGUCGUUUCACCGUGACCUUAUGCGAGAGACCAAUAAUAGAGGAGUCGACAUAGUUUUGAGCCCUCUUCCAGGCAAGCUCCUGCAUGCCCCAUGGAAGUGUGUUGCUCCAGGAGGGAAAAUGUUCGAUAUCGGAAAGAGGGACGUCCUGGGCCAUUCCAUCUUGCCCAUGAACUCUUUCGACCAAGCACGAUCGUUCUACACCACUGACCUACUUCAAGUCAUGCAAAGCAACCUUGAACAAGGCAAGGGAGCCACGCCCGCAACCGAAAUAGCUGGGCCAUAUGCAGACUUCCUUGAUCGCGAAGUCGUACAUGCAAACCGCAUCACCUGCUUUGACGCUGCAGAUGCCGCCAGCGCGUUUCGCUAUAUGCAAAGUGGCAAACAUAUUGGGAAGAUUGUAAUUAGGAUUCCUGAGGAUGCUGCGGAUCUGCCUACCGCCACAAGUCUCGCAACCCCCGAGUUCUCGUCAGAGAAAGCUUAUCAAUUAUCUGGUGGCCUCGGAGGGUUGGGUCAGUCCAUUGCAAAGAUGGAUGGCCUGUAACGGUGCACGAUACCUUGUAUUCCUGUCACCCAACUCAGGAACUACAGAAGCCCACAAGGAAAUUCUCGAGGAGCUCAGAUGUA